AAAAAUUUUAAUGUAUGUUGUUUGGGAUUUAAGUAAAGUCAAUGUAAAAUACGCAUAUUUUACAUUUAAUCUAUUCUUUGAUACAAAUAGCAAUAGCAAAACGUUUAGUCUGCAUUUUUUUUAAAGCUGCCUUUCGCUUCUAUUACAGCUUUAGUUUUUUUCUGUGAAUGUCCACCAGCUUUGCACAUCUACAGGUGGAAAUGUUUACAGAUUCUUCUGGCAAAGCUCAAACAGAAUGUACAGAGUGUCCAAGUCCUAAAUAUACUUUCAUCUGAACUAAACUCCGAAACGGGGCUUUGUGGGACGUUCAAAUCUUGGAAUGUUAUUCCAAGACAAGCCAAUAUUCCAAGAUUUGAACCUUGUUUUAAACUUCUGCAGAACUUCCAGCUGGCCUCUAUGUGUCCCUUGGUCUUCAGGAUGCUGUAUGUCCACUACUGUUCUCAAACCUCUGAAAGUUUCACAGAACAUCUGGAAUUACACUGAGAUAAACUACAUAAGGGUGGACUCUAUUAUUUGGUGACAUCAUGUAUUAUUUUCCUUCCUCCUGCGAUGUGAGGAGGACCUGAUAAACUUUUAUCAGGUCCAAAUGAUGCUGAAACCUUACGUGCAUUUUUAUUUCUUUGAGCAGUUCAGAGAUGGAGCUGCAGCUUCCCCCUCAUGAGGGAGUCGAGCUCUCUGUGGUCGACAUGCACACAGGAGGGGAACCUCUCCGCAUCAUUGUUGCCGGCUACCCAGAGGUCAGAGGUGACAGUGUGCUCUCAAAGCGCAGGUACGCCCGCGAGCACCUGGACCACCUCAGGAAGGUGCUGAUGUUCGAGCCCCGGGGUCACUACGACAUGUACGGGGCCUUGAUCGUGGACAGCGAGAUGCCCGAGGCCGACCUGGGGGUGCUGUUCAUGCAUAACGAGGGCUACAGCACAAUGUGCGGACACGCCGUCAUCGCCCUGGGUCGCUUCGCCGUGGACUACAAGCUGGUGAAGGAGCCGCAGUCACCGGAGACGCAGGUGAACAUCCACUGCCCCUGUGGGCUGGUGAAGGCCUUUGUGGAGUACUCUGCUGGUAAAACAGGAGCGGUGAGGUUUCUGAGUGUGCCGGCGUUUGCCUUUGCAACAGAUGCGACGGUGACAGUAGAGGGGUUUGGUGAGGUGACGGUGGACAUCAGCUACGGGGGAGCUUUUUACGCCUUUGUUGAUGCACAGAGGUUUGGUCUGGAUGUGAAGCAGUCCAGGACUAGGGAUCUGGUGGACGCAGCAAUGGCGCUGACCAGAGCUAUUAAAUCCCAGGUGAAGCUGCACCAUCCAGUUAGCGACGACCUGGCGUUCCUUUACGGCACCAUCCUCACAGACGGCAGAGACCAGUUCUCACCUGAGCCCACCGCCAACAUCUGCGUGUUCGCCGAAGCUCAGGUGGACCGAAGCCCUACUGGUUCAGGUGUUACAGCUCGAGUUGCUCUUCAGUACCACAAAGGUCUCAUCCAGCUGAACCAGACCAGGACGUUUCAGAGCGGCGCCACCGGAUCCCAGUUUACAGGAAAAGCUGUUGAGGAGAUCAGAUGCGGAGACUUCAGGGCAGUUGUGGUGGAAGUAGCCGGCCGUGCUUUCUACACCGGAGUUUCACGCUUCGUCCAGGAGCCGCAAGACGAGCUGACCCAUGGGUUUCUGCUGAAGUGAACGUUGUUGUCGACAAAGGGGAUUUCACUUCAUUCAUGGUGAAAGUGUUUGGAAUAUUACAGGCAUGCACCGAGAAGAUACAAGCAGCAAAUGUUUGGAUUUAUCACUAAAAUAAAGUGACAAAAAGCAAUUUAGCAAAAAAAAAGAAGAAAAAAAGUUAAAUCCUGUCGGUAAAUUAGAAAAUGCAGUGAAUCGACCAGUAGAUGGAGCCAGAGGUCAGGUUGAUAUGAGCAUCAAUAUCAAUUUGAUAUUGAUGCUCAUAUGGUGUGUGAUGUUCAGCUACAGAUUUUUAACCAAAACAAAUGUUAAAGUUGAAUAAACACAAAACUCAAA